CGGGCACGGGAGAUCUCCUCCUCCUGCUGCUCUUCCUCCUCCUCCUCCUCCUCCUCCUGCUCAAGCACUCCAGCGGGCGCGCUCUGCAUGCCAGAGGAGAGCGCAAGGCAGGCAGGCAGGGCAAAAGAGCCUCUUCUCUCUCUUUCUCAUUCUCUCUCUCUUUCUCUCUCUCUCCCUCCCUCCCUCUUUCUCUUUCUGACUCUGUCUGUAUCUGUCUGUCUCUCUCGUUCUCUCGCCACGCCAAUCCAUGAAAAUGCUUUGGAAACUGACGGAUAAUAUCAAAUAUGAGGAAUGUGAGAUGUUAGUUCACAGUUUCUCAGCGAUGGACCGUCACGAUGGCACCAGCAACGGGACAGCCCGCCUACCCCAGUUGGGGAGCGUGGGCCAGUCGCCCUACACCAGCGCCCCACCGCUCUCCCAUACCCCCAACGCUGACUUCCAGCCCCCCUACUUCCCGCCGCCGUACCAGCCCAUCUACCCUCAGUCCCAAGACCCCUAUUCCCACGUUAACGACCCCUAUAGCUUGAACCCUCUUCACGCCCAGCCCCAACCCCAACACCCAGGCUGGCCGGGACAGAGACAGAACCAGGAAACGGGGCUUUUGCACACGCACCGAGGACUUCCGCACCAGCUCUCCGGCUUGGAUCCGCGAAGGGAUUACCGGCGGCAUGAAGAUCUAUUGCACGGACCUCACGGCUUGAGCUCAGGACUAGGAGACAUCCCCAUUCAUUCGAUACCUCACUCUUUAGAAGACGUACCGCACGUAGAGGACCCGGGUAUUAACAUCCCAGAUCAAACUGUAAUUAAGAAAGGCCCCGUGUCCCUGUCCAAGUCUAACGCCAACGCCGUCUCCUCCAUCCCCAUCAACAAGGACACGCUCUUCGGCGGCGUGGUGAACCCCAACGAAGUCUUCUGCUCGGUGCCCGGGCGCCUGUCCCUCCUCAGCUCCACCUCCAAGUACAAGGUCACGGUGGCAGAAGUGCAGAGGCGCCUGUCCCCGCCGGAGUGCCUCAACGCGUCUCUGCUGGGCGGAGUGCUUCGGAGGGCAAAAUCAAAAAAUGGAGGGAGAUCUUUGAGAGAAAAACUGGACAAAAUAGGAUUAAAUUUGCCAGCUGGGAGACGUAAGGCUGCUAAUGUUACCCUGCUGACAUCACUAGUGGAAGGAGAAGCCGUUCAUCUAGCAAGAGAUUUUGGUUAUGUCUGUGAAACAGAAUUUCCUGCCAAAGCAGUAGCUGAAUUUCUCAACCGACAACAUUCCGAUCCAAAUGAGCAAGUCACAAGAAAAAACAUGCUUCUAGCUACAAAACAGAUCUGCAAGGAGUUCACCGACCUGCUGGCUCAGGACCGAUCUCCUCUGGGGAACUCUCGGCCCACCCCCAUCCUGGAGCCGGGGAUCCAGAGCUGCCUGACCCAUUUCAACCUCAUCUCGCACGGCUUCGGCAGCCCUGCUGUGUGUGCUGCAGUCACUGCCCUGCAGAACUAUCUCACCGAGGCGCUCAAGGCCAUGGACAAAAUGUACCUCAGCAACAAUCCGAACAGCCACACAGACAACAGCACCAAAAGCGGCGACAAAGAGGAGAAGCACAGAAAAUGAGGAUUUCUGCUUCUCCAACCCCCUGCCCAACCAGCCAGCCUGGCUCUCUCUGCGUUUUCCUUUCAGUCUCUCCCUCCUUCCCUCAUCAGCCCCAAGGCUACAGCAACAGAAGCCCAGAGAUCUUCUACCCCAGCCUUAUCCACAUAGUAGGACUGGAAACCCACGGCCCUCCCCCCCCAUCUCCUCCCUCCCUUUCUCCCUCCUGCACUUCUCAAUUCAUUCUCAGUUGCUGCCCAGUCUGGAAUCUAGGAAGAUGAACAAGGCGAUGGAGCCAGCCUAGCAUUUUUAUUUUUAUUUUUCUGGUCGACUCAGUUUGUGUGGACUUUUCAUUUUUUUAAAAAAGCAAAAACAAACAAAAACGAUGAAAAAUUCAAAAAACAAAUAGAACUUUUUUCUAAAAAAAAAAAAAAGACAAAGUGUGAGUGAGUGAGUGAGAGAGAGAACUAAAACAAACAAUUAAUAAACAAUUAAGUAAAUGUGGAGAAAACAAAUGAGUUUCAUCGGACUGAAUCACCAUCUUCCCUUACAUAAACUUCCGUUUAAGAUUGUAGCCAUAUUUAAAAGAGAGAGAGAGAGAGACAAAAAGGAUGAUGAUGACAUUUUAUCAGUAUUGUGAAUAAACUUGAACACAAACCACAUGCAGUUCCAUGUCUUCAGUUGUAGAACUUUUCUCCUGCCCAAGGUAAAGCGACCAAUUUGAACUUUCUUAUGGUGACACCAACCCACAGUUGUUCUAUAAGGGGAUCAGUGUUCAUGUAUGUAUAUAUUUAUUUAUGUGUAAUUUAAUGGGAAUUGUAAAUAUGGUGAGUCUGUUUGAAACUUUUUUUUUAUUUAUCUGGUGAUCUCGUUUGCCUCUUGUUUAGUGGGUUUUUAAAUCUUUCCCCCUCCUUAGUUCCAUCACUGUGGUUCAUGGUUACUUAUUUAGAAAUUUAAAAAAGGGGGGGGGAAGCUUUUUUGGAGGGAGGGGGUGGUAUUUUUCUGGGAUUCAUCACUUCAGCCCUGUUGUAGCAUGUUUUUUUAAAAGGAAACAAUAAAGCAGCUAAACAAAUAAAAUGAUCUGGAUUUAAAAAAAAUUAUAUUAUUAGUAUGACAUUUAGUUUCUAAUGGAUAAAAGCGGAAAAGGACCCCCUAACCACCACCUGAAAUGAUGUUCAAUCUCCUUCAGGACAGAUUUUUUUCAAGUAUUAGUAGUUUAUAACAACCCCAUAUGUGUUGUGGCUUAAAAAGAAGGGGGGGAAAUAAACAAAAAGUUUAUAUCCCGUGUUCUUCUACUGAAAGCAUCAUCAGAGCAAUAAAUUGAUAUUGUCUAUUCAGAUAAAGGAUUUAGGGAUCUUCUCUCCCCCCCCCCUCCUUCAUUUUGAGUUGGUUUUUUUUUUUUAUUCAAAGAACUUCCAUACAUUUGGGACCACCUGGUAUCCUCUAUUUCCACCAGCCAUAUUGGAAGCAGUUAUAGUUGUAUUGUAUUGAGUUGUGCUGGCAGUAGUUUCCAUGCCUGUCAAUGUAUCAUAGUCCUUUGUUGCCCAGAUAAAUAAAUAUUUGAUACGCUUUA